CACUCCCAGCCCUGCCUGCAACCUCCCAACACCUCCACUGCUCCCUGACCACUGCCUCAGUUUCUCUUCCUCCUGCCCGUACUUUUGCCGAGGCAUGGGGCUGCUCCUGAACAUUUUCAUCCCCUUGCUGGGACUGCUGCUGGCCUAUUACUUUUAUUCAGCACCUCGGAGUUUCAACGAAGAGAUGCUCCGGGGGAAGCGUGUGAUCGUGACAGGAGCCAGCAGUGGCAUUGGGGAGCAGAUCUCCUACCACCUGGCACGCAUGGAGGCUCAUCUGCUGCUGACAGCACGGAACCAGGACAAGCUGCAGAAAGUUGUGCAGCGGUGCCUGGAGCUGGGUGCUGCCUCUGCACGCUACGUGAGCGGCUCCAUGGAGAACUCCACAUUCCCUGAGGUGGUGGUGAAGGAGGCUGAGAACACCUGGGGAGGCCUGGACAUGCUCAUCCUGAACCACAUCGGUUCCUCCUACUUCAACUACUUCAACGGGGAUGUUGAGCAAGUACGGAAGCUCCUGGAAACCAACUUCCUCAGCUAUGUGGCAAUGACAGUGUCAGCCCUGCCCAUGCUGAAGGAGAGUGAGGGCAGCAUCGUUGUGGUCUCAUCCAUAGCAGGUAGAACUGGGUCCCCAUUCUGUGCUCCUUAUUCUGCAACUAAAUUCGCCUUAGACGGAUUUUUCAGCUCCUUGCGACAGGAAUUCAUCAUAGACAAGGUCAAUGUCUCCAUCACCCUCUGCAUCCUGGGCUACAUCAACACAGAGAAUGCUGUCCGAGCUGUCUCCCACGUCGUCCGUGGGACACCAGCACCCAAGGAGGAGUGUGCCCUGGAGAUCAUCAGGAGUGGGGCCCUGAGGCAGCGGGAGCUGCACUACCCAGCUGGGAUAGGGACCAGGAUGGACCUGCUCAGGGCCAUAGCCCCAGACUUCCUCGACUCCCUCAUCAGGAGUAGCUACAAACUGGAAAACAUCCAAAGAACGUAACUCCCAGGGUGGGGAGAGCACCGGGACACCUCGGGCCAGGCACAAGGGUUGUAGGUGUUCAUCCAGCCACUUGGGUGCCCUUCUCCAGGCCACUGGGGCAGCCCCACAGCAACACCCCCUGGAAACAGAGAUGGCUGUACCAGAACCUCAGAACACGUGGCAUAAAAAUGCCAUUUUCCAUAACACACACUUGCAACUGCCUUUUUCUAACCAAGAAGCAUUUCAGAGAAGCUCCUGGCAGCAGGACCCGCUCACCAAGUUUCCUGCUCACCCUCCAGACACUCUUUGCCCACUGACAACCCAACUGAGAACAAGGAUCUGGGCCAUACAAACCCCACAAACCACCCAAAGCCAUGAAAGCAA